UGAGGGAUAACCAUCGAAAUAAUCAAGAAUCACAAAUAGAACUGAUAAGAAUUUUCAAAUAGCUUUUCCCCUUGUUCCUUUUUUUAUGGUUAAUUGGUAAUACUCAUGCCAAAGAUAGUCAGUUGAAAAUCAGGUGUUUAAUUGAACUUACGUUAUACUGAAUGUUCUGUUAGGGAAGAAAUAAUAAGGACUGAAUUUUAAGUAAAGAGGAUGUUUCUGGAAUUUAUCAGUAAUUAAGUGACGAUAGAGGUUUUACCAUGACAGUACAACGUCGAUUUUGGAUAUUCUGUGUGCUGAUUUUUAUCAUAUACACAUUCGUUGUUUGGACUAUUGGAAAAUAUCAUAGUUACACGGUGGACAUUGUUCGGAAAGUCUUUUUGGAUAUUGAAUCUCCAGCUCCUGAUCGAAGAUUUUUAAUUGAUCUCCGAGAUUUCGAUUACAUCAUUAAUCAGAAAUCUUGUCGGCAGUUGAAAAUGCAGCCCAAGUUCAUCAUUCUCAUACACAGUGCUCCGAGAAAGAGAGAAAACCGGGAUAACAUCCGACAGACUUGGGGAGGAUGGAAACUCGAUCACAGAGUCCUCUUCCUCCUUGGAACUGUGGACUCUGAGGAUCUUCAGAACGAGAUUCAGAGUGAAAGUGACUUUUUUGGGGAUAUCGUUCAGGGAAACUUUGUGGAUUCUUACAAAAAUCUAUCCUAUAAGCACAUUAUGGCUAUGAAAUGGGCCACAGAAUUCUGCCCGGAAACUCAAUUUAUCUUUAAAUCUGACGAUGAUAUUUUCGUGAAUACACCACUUAUGUCCAAACAUAUUCAGAAAAUGGAAAAUAAAAGCAAUUUUAUAUUUUGUGCGAUUAGUUGGAGGCCACAUGUUAUUCGUGAUAAAAGGUCCAAGUGGUACGUUUCACCUGACAUAUACCCUAAUGAGACUUAUCCGGUCUAUUGUCCAGGAUAUGGAGUUCUACUGACCACAGAUGUUGCACAGAAACUCCACAAAGCUGCAGAAACGACACCCUUCUUUUGGGUGGAUGAUGUCUACGUCCUUGGAAUACUCAGGGAGAAGAUUAAUGUUACAAUAACUAAUGUUGGUAAUAUGCAUAUGGGUUCACAAAUUGCUAAAGAAAUUAUCUCCAAUAAGAGAAGUAUCACAGAAGUUGGUCAAUAUAUUUUUAGUUUUGUCCUGAGUAAUAAUCACAUAAAACAACUCUGGGAUUUUGUGAAAACUUCUCUGAAGUAAGGUUAUUACAAUUUUGAUACAGUAAUAAAUUAUUAUUUUAAGAGAUAUA